AUGGACUUUAUCGUCAAACUACCAAAGUCCAAAGACCCGACCACUGGAACGGAAUACGACAGCAUUCUGGUAAUACCGGAGCGACUUACCAAGUAUGCAUAUUUCCUUCCGUUCAACGAGUCACACACGGCAGAACAACUUGCGUUCACGUUCCUACGAACAGUAGUGGCCAACCACGGGAUGCCACACGAGAUCGUCACGGACCGAGGACCGACGUACGCGUCAAAAUUCUACACAUCCUUGAUGGGACAACUUGGAGCCAACAAGAAACUGUCAACGGCCUACCACCCACAAACCGAUGGACAGACAGAACGUCUAAAUCAG